AGAAUAGACCAAAACCUCGAGACAGGGCAGCGCCAUGCCUUGAAUCAAAAUUUCUAUUCUUGAAUUCAGAAAUUUUGAUUUCAUUCAAAUGGAGAAACACCACAGUGAAAUCUUGCGAAAAAAUCGAAUCGUUUUGAGGAAGGAGUUGAAGGCUGAAAGAAUAGCUUCGGGUCUUUUUGCUGUCGCGAUCUUUGAUCAAGAAGAUGUAAAUGAGGUCAAAGCGUGCUCGAGUCCUGAACGAAAAGCUGAAACCUUGCUUGAAUUGCUUCCUAAGUGUGGACCUAAUGCUUUCCCUCGCUUCUAUGAGUUGCUAAAGGAGACUCAAAGACAUCUUGCUGAAUUACUGGUCCCUCCGUCUGCUUCUUCUUCUCCUUCGGCAGGUGAAAUAAAUCUUAAAGCAGCAUGCCUUCGUUGUCAGCAUGUCAAUUUUGUUGGACGUACAAAAUUCUGUAAAAAAGUGAUAUCGUAUGUGAACACAGGGUGUCAUUUGGUAGCUGUAAGUGGUGCCCCUGGUUAUGGAAAGUCUGAGGCUACGAUCAUCAUUGGUCACAUACUAGAAAACCAAGGCUUUAUUGUCUUGUACUUAAGCUUAAAGGAAGUUACCACCCUCUAUGAGGCUUCAGUACUCAUCCUUGAGACACUAGGGAUCACUGCCUCAACUAAACCUGUUCUUCAGCUGCAACAGUUCUUGAAGUCCUUGUUUAACAAGACUGUAUUGAUCCUCGACAAUACUGAGAAUGUCCAGGAGAAAGAGAAUACAAGUUUUCUGGAGUUCCUGAAGAAGAUAGGAGAGUCUGCCAACAACUUGUGUACUCUUGUAACAACAACUUUUCAAGUGCUUACAUGGCCCAUGUGUUAUCCUUUCCAUGCUGAAGCCAUUCCACUGGAACCUCUCAAUGAUGAAGAAUCUUUAACGUUGUUCAAGAAGUAUGUGCUUAACAUGCCUAUCCCAAGUAUACAAGCAAAGCAGUUGUGUAAGGCAUGCAUGGGUAUUCCUUUAUACUUGGAAAUAGCAGCAUCGCAAGUCAGGAAUGGUAUUGAUAUUAUAUCACUGAUACAAGAACUUGAAUCUAACCCGCAGCAACUUCUGGAGAAAGAUGGUGCUCACUUUGAAUGCAUGAAAGUCUUCUUUUCUCGGCUCCCUGGAAGCCUUAAAGAAGUUUUAGCACACUUGGCAGUGUUUCCAACAUCUUUUACCCUUGAAGAAGCAAGAUUGCUCUUUCUCAAUGAUAAUAAUGCAGAGAGAGCAAACAUUCCAAGCAAAAUAUGCCAACUUAUGAACUAUGCUCUUGUGAAGCAUGACCCUGAAAAAAAGACCUACCAGCUUCACAAUGUUGUACAGUCUGUUUGCAAAUCCAGAAUGGAUACAGUCGUCUUGGAGAGCUACAACAAAGCUGUUUAUACAUUUAUUGGUUGGUAUUUGAAAUUUCUUCAAGAGAUAAAUGCCUUGUUCAUCAGCAAUGAUGGAAAAGAUGCUCUUGAUAAGUAUUGGUUGAACAAGAAGAAUAUCAUUCAUGCCUUGUCCCUUGCCAUCCAGCACCAACACGAGCCAGCCAUUGACGUAUCCACAGAAGUCAUAAGUCUCCUUGCAAAGUGCUUAAAUAUCGAGGAAUUUGAAAAGAUUUAUGGGGGAUUUACUGACAUAGCAGAUGCUAAGAAAGACAUGAAGCGCUACACUGAUUGCUUGACAUCUCUUGGCUUCAAGAGUCUUUGUUAUCAUGGCAAAGAAAACUCCACCAAAGCCUUUAAAUUCCUGGUUGACGCGUAUAAUCUACAAAGAUUUCAUCAUUUACCAGAGAGUGAAGAAACAGCCCACUGUGCCAGCAAGCUUGGGUUGUGCCAUACCAGGCAGGGAAACGUAAAACUUGGUGUGCAGAUGAUCGUAUGGGGGAUCAUUAUCAGAAAGAGACUCCAUGCAAGGCUGGGUGGAGCCAUCAGAGAAAUGCUGAUUUGUGGAGGCUACUGUGACCUUGCAAUGGCGUUCUAUACCAAUAACAACUUUAAAGCUGCAGUUAAAAUCUGGGUAACUAUUUGCCUGGAGGGUUAUCGCCGUAUCAUGAACAGACAUCCCUUCACUGCAUCCUUACUACAGUACAUUGGUGAUGCAUACCAUAAAUUAGAGGACCACCCAAAGGCAGCUUAUUAUAAGCAACAUGCACUUGACAUGCGCAAACAUUUGCUGACCACUAACCAUCAGGAUACUGCACGCUCAUUUUCCUCCCUCGCGGAAACCCUUGAGAAGCUUGGCAAGCCACAGGAAGCUGUGGAAAUGUUGCAAACCACACUCCGUAUUCAAUCCAAGGUAUUGGCCUCACCAGAAGAUAUCUGGGCCACCAAGAGAGAGAUAAAGAGAAUACAAAGCACAGAUCACUGCCGAAUGAUGGGGAGAUGUAGUAUCCUUGGUAACAGAAUGACAUCAUCAAGUGAGGUGUUAGAGAUGCUAUCCCCAUUGUGAUAUUACAUCCCAUCUCCACAAGAUAGGACUUUGAACAAAAAAUCUUGAUCUAAGUAAUCAGGAAGUCAUUGGAAACUUGUAUAAAGCUAACAUUCUUUACUUAAGUACAUCAUUCAAAAUAUUAAACAUUCUUAUACAAGAUAACAUUCUUAUCAAGCUCCUAAAUUUUACAUUGUAAAAGUAAUUGGAUUAGCUUUUGAAAAUGUCAAGUGUUUAUUAAUACUGUGUGAAAUGUUUAUCCAAACAUAACAUCAUAUACCAAAAUAAUGUAGAAUGAUAAAUAUAUGACAUAUAAGCAUAAUAGCCAUUGCCAUGCGAGAUUUGAUAGGAGAAAAAACAUGUGGGCAAUGUUGGAUGAUACAACAAGAAAAUCAGCAAGAAUGUUUUGAUAAUUCAUCUAACAUAGCAGCUAUGACAUCACGUGUAACCACCCAAGACUGCACAUUAAAACUGGGUGUCUGUAAAAUAUUAAAGGUAUAGUAAAAGGUUUUGUAGGGUUAGAUUGAUAAUUCGUUUGGGAUUAACUGUCGUUCCCUCAACUAAAAUAACAAAUGUUUUGUAAUAAGUUGUAAUAAGAGUAAAAACAAUGUAGAUAACAGAGAUGUAACACCAUAGAUAUAUAAAAGAUUUUUAUAUUCA